CAUGGAAAAAACCAAAACCAAAACAAAGCGCAUGUUAAAUACGUUGUAGGCGGGUUUGAUCGCGCUUUUGUUUCGUGACUCGAGAGCGUGGCAUCGUCUGCUACGAUGGCCGCCUGUACCACUGCAGCAUCAGCGCCGGGAAAAACCAUAAUUCACGGAGAGCACGCCGUCGUCUACGGCAAGGCCGCGGUCGCAGCAAGCGUCAACCUGCGGACCCGCGUUACUCGCUGCGAGCAUGAGUCGUUCAUUGUCUUGGAAGCUUCGGAUCUCGACUUCGUCGAAGCCUGGCCCGUCAGCAAGUUUGAAGCUUUCACUGUUCCCAAAGGAGGCUACACGGCCACUGUCAUCGCGUUCACCAGCCUUGUGCCAGAUAUUUGCAGCACCUUCGACGUUGAUGCAAGGUCCUUCAAACCUGGAGACCAGGCGAAGCUUGCAUUCCUCUUUUUAUUCACUGGCAUCACAUUAAGGCACAACGAUGGACACUUUGGCCCUGCCAAGUUCACCGUCAAUUCAAGGCUGCCACUGGGAGCCGGUCUCGGAUCAUCAGCAUCCUACAGCACGGCCUUGGCGACGGUGCUUCUGGCGAAAUAUGGAGCUGUGCAACGCACUCUUUCUAGCAAGGACCGCGAGCUCAUCUCCUUGUGGGCAUUCCAGGCAGAGUGCAUCCUGCACGGUCAGCCCUCAGGCAUCGACAACACAAUCUGCACAUAUGGAGGUGCCGUUCUUUUCAAGGGUGGGAAAAUAAGUGAAAUUCUCGAGAGCAUUCCCAGCUACAAGGUAUUGCUAGUGAACACCCAAGUUCCCAGAAACACCAAGGCUCUGGUGGCAGGUGUCAAGAAGAGGCACGACCAGUUUCCAGAAGUUAUAAAGCCAGUCUUGGAAUCCAUCGAAGCAAUUUCUGAAACCUUUUGGAAGCUCCUGAAGACUGAACCUGAGACGGCAGAGAACGUUUUCUCCAAAGCCUUGGAACUGGUGGAGAUGAACCAGUCCCUGCUCAACUGCCUUGGAGUUGGCCACCCGCGACUGGACAGGGUCGCCGAGAUUGCUGCCCAAAACAGUCUUGCUGCAAAGCUGACGGGGGCAGGCGGUGGUGGUUGUGCGCUGCUCCUCUGCCGUGUUGGCUGUCAAAAUGGAGUGGGUGCAAGCAGUGAAGCUCAAUCGCUAGCAGUGUGCAAGCAGCUCGAAGAGGAAGGCUUCCUGUACUGGGAGGUGGACUUGGGUUGUCCUGGAGUCAUGCUAGACUGAGCUGUGCUCAUUGAUCAAAGGAAGUUAACUUCAGGCCAGAGCAUGUUUUAGGCCAGCGGAAUGUAAACUGCACUGUGCGAGCACCCUAGAGUGCUCAAAAGCGACCCAUCGAAUGUACCAUAAGACUCACACAAACUCACGGAAUCAUGAACUCGGGCUCAAAGAUGUAUAACUAGACCUGACUCAGAAUAAGCUGCUAAUGAAAAGGAUAUUAACCUCUUUUUCUGGGUGGUUCUUAGCCAUAUGCUCUUUCUGUUCCAUUGAACAGAACUGUACACUGUUCAAAACUACCCUAAUUAACCUCAUUUCAAGAUUUAUACUGGUUGUUUUAAUUAGGUGCAGUGAAAGUGUGUCUUGGUUCAAUGAGCAGUUGCGAAGAGCCAGUAAAUAUAAAAAGCAUCUGUAUAAGCACACAGUUGCUAACAAUCCAUAAACUACAUGGGAAACCUACUGAAAAAGCUACAAGGAUUACCAAAGAUUGCCUAAAGCUACCUGGUGCCAGUUUUACAGCACGUCUUGCCUACUAUGCUAUCUAAUAACCCCCAAAGAUUUUGAAGCUUAAUUAACCCACGUUCACAUCCUGAUUCAUCCUUGACAAAUUCUAAUGGCGAUCAGCUGGAUGAUGCCCAUUCUGCUCAACUCGUUAACUACACUUUUUCAUCUGUUUUUCAGACAUGAAGUCAUGACCCCUUCUCGACUUCUCAGUUCAUUUCAUAAUUAUUCUAUGCCCCCAAUAGUCAUAACUAAAGAUUGUAUUCUUUCCUUAUUAACUAACCUUAAAGAUACUAAAAGUACGGAUCCUCUUGGCUUUAACAACAAAAUGCUUAAAAACAUUAUCGGAGUAUUUUUUCAAGUCCUAUUUUCACUUUUGUCUCAGUCAUUAUCAUCUGGCUCCAUCCUUCACUACUAGCGAGUAGCUAAAGCAAUGCCAAUUUUCAAAUCGGGCAUCCGCUCUGAUCCUCUAAACUGCAGAUCCAUUUCAUUGACUUGCACCUUCUCCAAGCUCCUUGAACACAUCAUACGCACCCAUAUCAUUACUUAUCUUGAAGAUCAAAGCAUCAUAUUUAUAUAUAUCAGUACAGUUUUUUGCUAGGAAUUUUCUUCUGACACUCAGUUUGCUGGAUUUACUAACGAAUUGUUUACUUUAAUGGACGCCGGUAUUCAAGUCGGCGCUUUGCUUGUCGAUUUUUUCCUAGGCAUUUGACUGGGUCCCCCAGCAUAGACUACUACUCAAGUUAUCGCGCCUCAAUAUUCACCCUCAGGUUUUAGCAUGGAUUGAAGACUUCCUCUCAUCUCGCGUUCACCUCUUAAUGGUUCUAACUCUUCAAUGGCUCAAGUCACAUCUGGUGUACCGCAGGGGAGCAUGCUUGGUCCCCUGCUCUUUCUAAUAUUUAUUAAUGAUUUACCUAAUUAUGUAUCUUCCCAAAUUAGACUGUUUGCUGACGACUGUGUUGCGUACCAAGCCAUUAAAAGUGGUGCUGACCGUCAAUCUUUACAAACUGACUUUGAUUCAAUUAACACUUGGUGUUGAUCAUGGCUAAUGACUCUAAACGACUCUAAGACAAAGCUUGUCUCCUUUACAAUAAAUUCUUGCCGCAUCCCAACCACAUACACUCUUAAUGACAUAACAGUUGAGACAGCUUCCACUUACAAAUAUAUAGGCGAUCCCCUUCAGUCCGACUUAACCUGGAACUAUCACAUUGAUUUGAUUCUAGCGGCUGCUAACCAUUUUCUUGGCAUCUUAAAUGUAAUGUUUGACAUGCUCCUGCGCAAGUGCGUAAGCUUCCUUAUAUUAACUUAAUCCGACCUAAAAUAGAGCAUGCUUCAGCCAUAUAAGACCCGGAUCAAGCCUACAUCAUAGAUAACAUCAAAUCCUCACGGAACUGUGCGACUCAUUUCAUUUUUUCAGAUCACUCACAUUUCACUAGUGUAAUGGCGUUAAAAGCUCGUGCGGAUCUCGAUAACCUUUUCCAUAAUCGUAAACUUGCUCACCUAACUCUUUUUCACUAAAUGUACCAUCAUCCGUUGCUUCAUGAGGAUUUCUUUCACUCACCCUCAGCUGUCUUUCCACACCAUGACCAUCCUUUCAAGAGCAAAUGAAAUACAUGCCACACUUCAACCUUUGCCAAAUCAUUCAUACCCAAAACCAUUAUUGAGUGGAACCAGCUGCCUGCUACAAUCGCAACUGAAAUGAAUUCGACAAAUUUUCAUGAACGUAUAAAAAAAGAAAGCGAUGCAUAGCUUUUCUUCUAGUUUUGCUAGUUCUUGUAGUUCCAUUCACCACAAUGUGUUUUAUUUUUUUCGUAUUGUUUAUUAUGUUGCAUUUUUUCAUUAUGUUUCGUUGAGUGUUAUUGUUCUGCCACAUUUUGAUUCUUGUUGCUUAUUCAUUUAUCCCACUUUUCUUGUUUGUCAUGCAAUCUUUUGCCACCCCCCUAUGUAGUACACUCAUUGUGAAGGCCUUUAGGGGUUUCUUGAAAAACAUAUUCAGAAUAAACUUAGGCCUUAAUUGAGUGCCAGCUCCACAUGUACAAGUAUAACAAUCAACAGAUUAUUAGGCAGGCUGCAAAAAGAAAGAGAUGCCCGUCAAGUCAUGACAAUUACUCAAAGGGCCUCACUGAAUCAUGACCAAGAAUAACUAAUGACUGCACUUAAGUUUAUUUUGGUCACAAACACUUUGUACAUCUAAUAAGUGUAGAUUAUGCUCUUAUGUGUUACGGAUACGAGUUGCAAUUCCAAGCCAUAUUUUGACCCCACCAUUGCUAUAUUGCCUAAAGAGCAGAAAGUUGGGCCAAAAGACCUGCUUACUUUUUUUCCUGCACCAAAUGGUGAUGCUUUUCAAUAUUAAAGCCAAAUUUCUGUAUAGAUUGUAAUCUUUCUUGGCAUUUUUCAAUUUAAAUAGGAGUGCUUGAGUGCCGAAAUUCGCUAAUAGAAUAUGAAUGUGCAAGAAAAACAAUGUUCAUAUAUGGAAUCAAAUAAUGAAUAUUUCCCAAGCAAGGUAUAACGGUUGUACAUAGAGCCCUUUCGAAAGACGAAGAAGGCUUCUUUAAGUUAAUCGAUACACGUAAAGACUGGAUGUCAGCAACUGGAUGGAUCAGCUAAUGGAUGUCAGGGGAACUUUUAAAUGAAAAAUAAGUGAAAGUUGGUCAUGUUUGGUGCACCAGUGACAAUGACAGCAAUAAACAAAGGAGUGGCUUGUCACCUAGUGCACGUAGUGGAAUUGUGUUUGCUUAAGGUAGCCGAAGUUUUAUGUUGCAGCAGUGUGCAUCCUUCAAAACGCAGUGAAAUCUGCUAAAUAAUGAAUUGCAUCACCUAAAUUGAGACAACAAAUUUGCAGGCUGCCAAGGACGAUGCAUGCUCAUUUAGUGACUGUAAACUGCUGUGCGGAGAGAAUCACCUCCACGUGUUUGCUCGGGAAAUGGCGUGUCUACAUAACAACCGCGUUUCUCCUGCAGGCGUAUCAUUUGAAAAAAAGUCUCCACUUUUAUCGAACAUUUUCACUGCAGGCUGCAAUGAAUAUUGUUAUCACUUGUGGUGUUGCAACAGAUUUGAAUAUCCGACCAAUUUGAAUAGUGAGUUCUUUUAUCAAAUAACGAAGCCUUCAAUCCACAUUGGAAAUGUUGAAUAUCUGCACAACCCUAGCUUUAAUGGCAAAAUAAGAGCCCCAGUUAUUUAUACUGAAUACUCGUGCUUCGAAUGGCAAGGGCGUUCAUCUUUUAAAACAGUGCAGUAGAGAUAACAUGAUCCUUUUUUGCAGCAAUGCACUAGUAGUGUUGCCCCAUAAUAUAGUACUAGUAACCAACUAAUCAUUAGCAAAUACAGUAGACGCCUAUUCAUUUAACGUCAAUUAAUUCAAAUUUUUGCUUAAUUCAAAUGCACUGGAAAGCCUUGGCAAGAAACCCUAUAUUUCUACGAAAGGAAAACUCGUCUAGUUCAAAUUCAAAAACAUGCUGCUUCAAUUAAUACGAGCUCCACCGGCGCCCCCUCAUGCGCCGCAACAGUUACUAAAAGUUUGAAAACUCAAGAAAUUCAGCAGUCAACGCUACUGCUUCCCUGGUCAUGAAACUGUUUUAUUUAAAUGUACUUUUGGUCGUUUAGUGGCUGGCAUUCCUUCUUCCAUUGAAGCCAUCUGUUCCCACCUGUUUCAUGUUGUGUCACGCUGAAGCAGCGUUUAAACAUGUCGCAUUCUUUGCCUUAUGCUGACUGAGUCUCACUUCAAGAGCAAGAAACAAAAAGAGAUUACAGACUAUUUCAAGCAAUAAAAAAGAUUUCAAUUAGUUCAUUUUACCACCAUUAGUUAAUCUGACCUAUUGGGUAAUUCAACGAAAUAUUUCCCUCUCUAAAUUAUUGAACUAAUGGGAGUCAACUGUAAUUAGUUGAUCAGUAUCUAUCAUUCACUUACUAAUAUUUGCCUUAACUUGUGUUGCCAAUAAAAAUACAUUCUUCAAUGCACA